AUGAAGCCGAUCAGACGCACAAGAAACAAAGACCGCCUUAACAUUAAUUCAAUAGACGGCCAAACAGGGGCCCCCAAAGUGCCGCUGUGGGGCCCCUAUGGGGCCCCCCCUGAACGCCUUGCAGCAGGAAAAGCAGCAGCAGCAGCAACAGCAGCAGCAGCAGCAGCAGCAGCGCCUGCAGCGGCACCUACAGCAGCACCUGUAGCAGCUGAAGCAGCAGGAAAGCCAACAGCAGCAGCAGACAAACCAGCAGCAGCAACAGCAAAAGCAGCAGCAACAGCAGCAGCAGCAGCAGCAGCAGCAGGGGGUCUGAAGGAGCGUUUAAAUGGUUUACUUCAGACCGAACCAACGAGUUUAUCGAGAGGACAGCGAAAACGGUUGGCGAAGAAAGAAGCAGCAGCAAGAAAGAAACACUUUGGGGUGUAUGCGGAGGUGCUGCUGCAGCAACGCGCAGCAGCAGCAGCAGCAGCAGAGGGUGAGGGGGGCCCCUCUGCGCUUGAGAGCAUGGAUUGUGUCGAAGACGCCUUAAAAGAGGUUAUAAAGAAACAACAGCCCGCUGCUGCUGCUGCUGCUGCUGCUGCUGCUUUAAAAAACCCUAAAAAGAUAUCUAGCAGCAGAAGAGCAGCAGCAAUUCAAAAAGAAAUGCAGCAAUAUGCUGCAGUCGUUGGCCUCAGUAGUUUUAAACAAAACCCCACAAAUGUGCUGUCUAUACACCUCAACAACACCAUCAAGCUGCAGCAACGCAUGCAGCAACAGCAGCAGCAACAACAGCAGCAGCAGCAGCAAAUGCUGCAGCAGCAAAAAUAA